UUCGAUUAAUCAAGAUACAAACACCUUUGCUAUGAGAAGUCCCGUGAGAAAAGUAAAUUUCACCUCCCCAUUCAUUUCUCCAAACGGCUUCGUUGCUUACUUUGGAAAACGUUUCUUGCAGAAAAUAAAAAUUGACCUCCUGAUCUUUCAAAUACGUAAAAAUGCUCCUUCUCUUAACCGUAUCUCUGAGACCUCUCACAUUCAAUUUGCUCCAUGUUGGGAUACGAUUUGUGGCACACAGCACUUGAAAGUGUUUCGCCACCAGCUAAGUCUGAGUUCAUGCCUGUGGUGUGGGCAGAUUGUGUCUAAUCUCUGCGUCUUGUCCUCGCAGAAAAUACCCACUCUAGCAAGUAUAAGUUCACUUUCCGUUGUCACUCCAGAAAAUGAUCAGUGAGAACAAUGAUUCUAAAUAUCCUUUGAGCAAUUGUGUAAAGUAACAAUUUCAAGGCUCUUGCUUUUAUCUAGCCUAUCAAAUGAGCAGUCUGUUUCAGUUAUUCUCUGAAAAGAGCAUGAAAGCGCCAUUGCUGAGCUGCAUAGCAUGAGACAGACAGUGGGAAAAUUCCUAUAAUUAGUAUCACAACUUUUUUAUAAUUAGCAGUAGUUAGAUAAUGGGCAUUCUGGGCCAGGUCGUGUCAGUUGACCUUGGAAUUGGAGGAAACAGAGCGAGAGAUGAAAAUCAACAGGAUCAAAGAGAUAAAUAGACGACACCCCCAAUUCACGGUCACUCAGACUGCAAGUGCAUUGUGCAGUUUCACAAGACAAUUUAGGAUUUUAGGUCCAUCAUUCAGUGGACCAAGGGAGUUCAUGCAAAGAUGCAGAACAGAAGUAUUGCGACUCAUGAGAGAGAAUCGUCAGACAAGGGUGAUGUUGAUCUUAAAUUCCAAGAUGACAAGACAAGAAUUAUUCAGUGAAGAGAUUAAAAUUCUUGAAGCGCAUUUCCAAACCAAGACGAUCGUGAAUCUUGAGGCGACCGAUGAAUCCGAGCUAUUCAACGUCAUGGUGGACACCAUUGAAGAAAGAAUUCAAAAUUUCAAUCAACAAGGGAGCAAUUGGAGGUUUCAGAGAGUCCUAUCUCUUGACGUUCAUCUGGUUGAUUACAUCCCCCUGAGAGGUUCAUCUUAUAUCAAACUGCCAAAAUUCCUUAGAGGAAAGAAAGCCGUGAUUAAUAUCCAAAACAAGGAUGAUAACCAAUGUUUCAAAUGGUCCGUUCUGAGGCAUUUGCAUCCCUCUAAAAAUCAUCCCGAAAGACUUUCUUCUCUCAGGGAAUAUGAAAACAAUCUUGAUUUCACUGGAAUUGAAUUUCCCGUGAAGAUAGAUGAUAUAUCCACAUUUGAAAAACGAAAUCAGGGGAUCUCAGUCAAUGUAUACGGUUAUGAGGCAAGGAGGAUAUAUCCUAAGAGAUUCAGCAAGAAAAAGAAUGCAGUAAAUUUAUUGUUCAUAAGUGAUGGGAAAGGAAAAGAGUGCGGUCACUACUGCUUGAUAAAGGACUUCAGCAGAUUGGUAUCAAUACAUGCAACAGCUUAUCAUGGAAAAUUGUAUUUCUGCAGAAAUUGCAUGAAUCACUUCAACGAUGAAGAUGGAUUGGAAAGGCAUGAAACAGAUUGUUGGAAAAAUGAGGAGGAGAAUAUUAUCAUGCCUAAGGAUGGUGAGAAGAUUAAAUUCAAAAAUCAUUGUCGCUCGAUAAGGGUUCCCUUUGUCAUCUACGUGGAAUUUGAAGCAGUGGUCAAACUGAUCAACACUUGUGAACCCAAUGGUGAAAAGAGUUUCACGGAGCGAUCAAAAGCACAUGCCAUGUGGGUUUUGUUACCACAUAGUUUGCUUCGACGAUGAGAUGUGGUCUCAAGAACCUGUCAUCUACAGAGCAGAGAGUGAAGAUGAAGACGUCAGUCGGAUCUUCGUUGAGAGGCUUGAAAGAGAUAUCAAAAAGAUUCACAAAGAAUUCAACUUUUCCAAGAAGAUGAUAUUCACUGAUGAGGAAAGGCUCGAGUUCAACCGAGCAGAGAAAUGUUGGAUCUGUGAUUUACCAUUGAAUAAAAUGGAGUCAUUGACAAGGUCAGAGAUCACUGUCAUUUCACGGGAAAAUAUCGAGGAGCCGUGCAUAAAAUAUGUAACUUGAAUUUCAAGAAGCCAAAGUUCACUCCCGUGAUAUUUCAUAACCUCACCAAUUACGACUCACAUUUGUUCAUCAAGAAUCUCGGCAAGAGCAAGGGGGACAUGACAUGCACUCCGAAUAAUGAGAAAAAAUACCUCAGCUUCAGCAAAGAAAUUGAAGUGGGAUCUUAUGAAAACAAGGAUGGAAAAGAAGUCAAAAUCAAGCAUGAGAUCAGAUUCAUAGAUAGCUUCAAAUUUAUGGCCUCCUCCCUUGAUGGUCUCGUCAGUAAUCUUGUCUGUGAAUCCAUUGUCACACAUCUCUGCUUAACCAAGAAAUAUUUCCCUGAGAAGAUUCAGUUGAUCACGAGAAAGGGAGUUUAUCCUUACGAUUACAUGAGUGAUUUCAAAAAGUUCAAAGAAAAUCAAUUGCCUCCUAAAGAAGCAUUUUAUUUGAGACUCUAUUUGAUUCUCACAUCUCUGAUGAGGAUUACCAUCACGCUGAGAGAGUGUGGAAUGAGUUUGAGAUUGAGAACUUGGGUGAAUAUCACGAUCUGUAUCUCAAAUCCGAUGUCCUCCUCCUCACUGACGUCUUUGAAGAAUUCAGAAACGUCUGUCUUGAGAAUUAUGAUCUCAAUCCCGCUUGGUAUUUCACCGCCCCCAGUUUGGCCUGGGAUGCCGCUUUGAAAAUGACUGGAGUGGAUCUUGAAUUGUUGACCGACGUUGACAUGUUACUUCUAUUUGAAAGGGGAACGCAUGGAGGAAUCUCAAUGAUCUCGAAUCAUUUUGGAAGGGCCAAUAAUAAAUACAUGGGUGAAGAUUAUGAUCGUACCAAACCGAGCAAGUUCAUUCAAUAUCUCGAUGCAAUAAUCUUUAUGGAUGGGCGAUGUGUGAACCACUUCCAGUGGGUGGAUUCAAAUGGAUGACUGAGAGAGAGAUGGAAAACUGGGAAAACAUUCCUUGCAUCCUCGAGGUGGACAUGGAGUACCCUGAGGAACUUCAUGAAGCAGUGCCUCACGCUUGGAAUGAAGUUUAAAAAGAUUCAUCAUGGGAUCUGAUUUGAUGAGAAGCCAUGGUUGUAAAGUUAUAUUGAGAAAAACGCGGAUCUCAGGAAAGGAGCAAAGAACAGCUUCAAAGAAGAUUUCUUCAAGUUGAUGAACAACUCCGUCUUUGGGAAGACGAUGGAGAACAUCAGGAAACGAGUCGAUGUGAAGUUAGUCAAUAAUAGGAAGUCCGCAGAAAAGUUAUCAGCGAGACCGAAUUUCAAGCAUUUGACAAUAUUCGAUGAAAUUUGGUCGCGAUUCACAUGAAACGAAUGAAGCUGGUCCUCAACAAACCGGUCUAUUGUGGAAUGAGUAUUCUCGAAAUAAGUAAGACGUUGAUGUACGACUUUCAUUAUGACUACAUGAAUAAGAAGUAUGGAUCCAGGGCAAAAUUAUUAUUCAUGGACAUCGACAGUCUGAUGUAUGAGCUUGAGACUGAAGAUUUCUAUGAAGACAUCAAGUCAAACGUUGAAGGUAAGUUUGACACAAGUGAUUUUCCAGCAGAUCAUCGGAGUGGGAUUCAAAGAUGCAACAAGAAAGUCAUUGGAAUGAUGAAAGAUUAGGCGGUGGGGAAGAUCAUUGAAGAGUUCGUUGGAUCAAGAGCUAAAUUAUACAGUUUCAAAAUGCACAUUGUAAAAGAAGAGAAGUGCAAGGGAGUGAAAAAGUCUGUUGUAAAAAAGAAAAUUUCACAUCAGGAUUAUAAAGACUGCUUGUUCAAGGAAAAACUUCAGAUGAGAAAGAGGAACGUGAUCAGAUCACAUCGGCAUGAGAUUUUCACAGAGAUGGUCAACAAGGUGACCCUUGCGCGUGAUGAUGACAAGAGAGUGAUAAUGAGGGAUGGAAUUCAAAGUUAUGCACAUGGUCACAGAAGAAUAAAAAAUAGUAAAAUGAAUCCAGAUAAUAUUCCGUUCAAAGCAAGGGGGGAUUUUCAGAUAUCCCAUGACGCUUUGCGGCGUUUUAUUCACUUCAUGCCCCACGCUUUUGAGUUUUCGACGGUUUCGACUGUGAAAUUUAUUCGGCGUUUCUCUGCGACGGAGCUUACUUCAGGACCUCUCUUUGUUUCACUGUUUUGCAUUGCAAAUGAAGGAAUGGUUGACUGCUCUUAAACAAUCGGGUGAGUGUGACUUUUUCAGUUGAGUUUGCAUUGAAAAGAUUAUUCAUGUAGGCAGAGAAGAGAUAUGUGAUAUUAGUUGACCUCUCUGACCUCUUUUGACUUCGCGAUUUGGACAGGUUUGUCCGUUACGAAAUUCGGUAUUUUUCAACCGUUUCUCCGCCAAAAAUGCAAAGCGAAGGUGUCAAAUUCUGUAAUACGAAUGCCAAUUUCACCGUGUGCUCGCUUAUUUAUAUUUAUUGACCCUGUUAAAAGCGCUUUUAAUAUUUCAUAUGUGUUCACGUUAAUUCCCUUUGUAUAUUUAAAUGUCUGUGAAUCAUUCUUUUAGAUGAAUAUUGUUUUUAUACACCAUGGAUGGAUCGCAGAAGCGAUCGCACGUGGCGACUGGCAACACUCCACACAAAUCAGCCGACAAAAAAUCUCGCGAAGAGAUCAUUGAAAGUAGUCACUCACCCGCCAGGCGUACACUUGGCUUUGGAGAAAGGGCAAGUCCUUCACGAAAGGUAUAAAUCAUUUUUCUCUGUUAUAAGUUUAACGUGGGCUUGUAUGUAGUUCCAGCUAAGUUUCCGCUAACUGAAAUAAGACUUUUCAAAUGUCUUUGUAAUUUUUGUUUUUCCUAUAUCAGGCAUCAAGUCGCCUCCUUCAAAGAGCUAGGUUGGUAAGAUCGCCAAAAAGUCCGAAACAGUUACCAUCAACCUCGAGGAUAUCUUUCUCAUGGCAAAAAAAGGAGCAGGUCGCCUUGGUUCAGUUUGUUGCUCUCCUUGAUGAGUCAAAAAACGAUGGCUCUGAAUGGCCCACAUUCGGCAAUCGCCAUGAAUACUGGAAUAAAGCUGCCGCUUUCGUUCAAGAAACUAUAAGAACUGAGUUUCGAAGA